CUUAAGUUUGUGAAAUAUUUCAGGUAAGAUGGCGUUUCCGUCCGUUUGUAGUAUCGGAUCCGCGGCCUUUGUUCAACAGUUUACCCAGGAAUAUGUGAGGGGUAAUUGCACCCAUCUUAUGUUGAAGGGUGGAGUUAUACGCUUACCUGAGCCGAUGUGUUAUCUUGUAGAGGAGGAUUUUUUCAGUGUACACUGGUUUUCUUUUGUGGUUGGAGCAGUAUUUGGAAUUCUGUUGACUGCUGUUUUUAUGGUGCUGUGGGAGGUAUUGGCCAGGCAAGGAUACACCGUGACUUUUAGUUAUUUGGUUAGUUUAUUGGUGGAUGUUUGUACUGACAACAGUUUUGUGAAUAGUUUAAAGGGUGUACUGUGUUCUCUGUGGGUAUGUGUGAGUUUUAAACGCUGUAAGGGCCCCGGUGUAGAGGUUAAUGUGGAGCGGGAUGCAGAUCCUUUGGGGACUUCCAACCCGUUUUUGCGUCCUUUGGGAAAAACUCCGAAGAAAAGGAUUAAAUUGAAACCCCGUAAGUUAGACUACACCGGUGUGAACAGCUUCCUGUUUACUCCUGGAAGUGAGAAUUUGUCUCCAGGAGCUGGUGAUAAUGCUCGGAACGGAAGUUUUCACCCUGGUGGACAGGAAUGUGCAGUUCCCUCUAUUCCUCAACCCGGAUUUUGUCCAAUUAUCCCGCAGCCUGUAGUUUCCAUUAUGAACGCCCCAGUAUUUGAUCAAGGUUUUCAGCAUUCUACACCCUUAAACCAGUCCAAUAUAAAUAGGUCGCAGGCUACAAAUCCGUUCCUUAGUGGAGUAGGAGGUGGGGCUACUGAGGUUGGUGAAGGAGAGCCGUUGGUAGCUGGAAUCAGUGUUUUGGCCGGAGGUGACCAGUCGGUUUUGGAGCAUCCGCCUCAGGUGAGUGGCGGAGACGAGUGACGUUUAUUUUUAUAUAUGAAGUUUAUCCUGUGAACUAUAUCUUGUGUUUUUGUUAGGGUGGUGUUCAAGGUGUAGUGGAUGAGGUUGCCCUUGAAUCUGAGCGUGGUGGUGGUAAUUGCGGAGUGGUA